UCAUCCGGUCGCCCGACGAGGAGGGGAGUGGCUUGCUGGGACAGGCAAGGGGACUAUAUAAGCCCCAGAGGGCUGGCGCAGCUCUGAUCUCUUCCACCGGUUCGUGCGUCUGCCAGAAGAGCGGGGAACCCACCAUGUCCCAGGCUGGUGCUCAGGAGGCGCCCAUCAAGAAGAAGCGCCCCCCAGUGAAGGAGGAAGAUCUGAAGGGGGCCCGUGGAAACCUAGCCAAGAACCAGGAGAUCAAGUCCAAGACCUAUCAGGUCAUGCGGGAGUGUGAACGAGCCGGCUCCACCGCCCCGUCCGUGUUCAGCGGCAACCGGACCGGCACUGAGACCGUCUUCGAGAAGCCCAAAGCCGGACCUGCCAAGAGCAUCUUUGGCUGAGACGUGCACCCCAUUCCCCUUGCCGCUGCCAACUCCCAGACGCAGGAGCCUUCCCCCAAAACUUUUUUAUGCCAGAAUGCACCCUCUCACCUGCUGCCCGUGGGACAGCCACCCGCCCCUCACAGCCCUGGCCCCUCGGCUCAGGGACUCUGCACCAGCACCCGGGGAACACCAAUAAAGAGCAUGCCCACGUGGC